UUUUUUUUAGAUAUUAAAAGGUCAGUUGUUAAAAAUGAUUAGAGUUUUUUCGAGAAAUGGACCGCUGUCUUUGAAGAAGUUCCCAGUGAUCUAUAAUACAAAAAGACUUGUGCAUUCAUCUGAUGAAGAAGAUGAACCUAAUGAACUGUGGGUGACACGGUCCCAUUACUUCAAACCUGUCAAAACACCAAUGUUUCCUGAAGGAUUGUUCAAGGGUAAAGUGGCAUUUAUAACUGGUGGAGGCACUGGUCUUGGAGCCGGCAUGGCAACAAUGUUAUCCUCUCUGGGAGCGAAGGUUGCUAUUGUCAGCCGAAACAUUGAAGUGCUGAAGAACACAGCUGAUGUCAUAAGCAGCAAAUCCAAAAAUGAGGUGUUGCCGAUCCGAUGCAAUGUAUGUUCCUCGGAGUCAGUUCGGGACGCAGUGUCAGAAUGCAUCGACGUGCUCGGACUGCCCACCAUCGUCAUCAACAACGCUGCCGGCAACUUCAUCAGUCCAACCGUCAAACUGACCAAACAUGCCUGGGACUCCAUCAUGGCGGUCAUCCUCAACGGCACCAUCAAUGUUACCGUUGACAUCGGCAAAAGGCUUAUUGCUGCUAGGCAAGGAGGUGCCUUCUUGAACAUGUCGACAAGUUACACUCUUAGUGGAUCAGCGUUUACAGUACCAUCUGCUUGUGCAAAGUCUGCUGUUGAAAGCUUCACCAAGUCGCUGGCUGCAGAGUGGUGCAUAUAUGGGCUGAGAUUCAAUUGCAUCCAACCAGGCCACGUUCACACUCCGGGGGCUACGGCUCAGUUGGAUCCCACCGGUCGGUUCAUGCAUGGCAAGCUGAACAAGUUGCCGCUUGGCAGGUACGGAGAAGUGGAGGAAGUUGCAAAUCUGGCGUGCUAUCUCGUCAGCGAUUACUCCUCUUGGAUGACUGGAUCGAUUAUUAGGUUGGAUGGAGGAGAAUUCAACUUCGCGGCCGGUUCGUUCAACCAUCUGAUAGAAAACGUUUCAGAUGAGGAAUGGGCCAUGAUCGCCAACCUCAUUAAGAACAAAAGAAAAAGUGCCGAAGAAGUAGUCGAGCAAGCAUGAAUCAUCAACAACUUUUUUAAUGUUUUUUGUUUCAACUGUGCCUUUUUAAAUUUUUGUGAUCGCCUAAUUAGAUAUCAUAAUCAUGUUGCCUUCCCAGUUUUUUAAUCUUAUUGUUGAAUUUGUUAGCAAUUUGGAUAUAAUUUACUAUAUUUAUUUUGUGCAAAAUAAUAUUUCUAACCUGCAAUUUUUAUUAUCAAAAGCAAUUUUGGUUUUGAAAACAUAAUUUAUUUUUUGCGUACUUGAUUCGUGUUCAUAAAAUUUUCAAGUUCUUU